AAUGCAAGUUCUUGCUUCUAGCAACGUAUGGGGACUGAAAAUGAAUCUCUUCCAUUGGAGAAUGCUUCUAUUCUAUCGGAAAGCUCCUCACAAGAGGGACAUCGACUCUGGAUUGGCAAUCUUGAUUCCCGGUUAACUGAAUAUAACCUUCUAAAGCUACUCCAGAAGUUUGGAAAAGUCAAGCAAUUUGACUUUCUGUUUCACAAAUCGGGCCCACUUGAGGGGCAACCUAGGGGCUACUGCUUUGUCAACUUUGAGACAAAAGAGGAAGCCGAGCGAGCCAUUCAGUGCUUAAAUGGCAAACUUGCCCUCUCUAAGAAACUGGUAGUGCGUUGGGCACAUGCACAAGUGAAGAGAUAUGAUCAAUACAAAAAUGAUAAGAUUCUUCCAAUAAGUCUGGAGCCUUCUUCAAGCACUGAGCCAGUGCAGUCCAACCUGAGCAUUAGUGCAAAAAUAAAAGCAAUUGAAACCAAGCUUAAAAUGAUGGCCGAGAACCCAGAUGCCGAGUACACUGGGCCCCCAGCUUACUCAUACAAUAAGCCCACAGACAAAGUACAGAGUAACAAAUCACGAACUGCUCCCUAUCCUAGAGUUGUUCGAAAAUCCAAGCGAUGACUGAGACCAAGAAUACUUCACUUCAGUCAGACUCUUUCUUAUCAGAUUUCUUCGUAUGAUAUUCAGUGUCACUGUAAAAUUUAACAAUUGCUGCACAGUGACUUGAUAUAAUAUAAUUUAUUUUUCUAAGAAAACAAAUUUAAGCUGUUAGUCUUCAGAGCAUGUGGUUCAAAUGUAUUCCAGCAGGGUAAUUGGGAGUGCUUCGACUCUUCAUCCUGGAAAACUGAUUCCCUAAUCCCAGUGUCACUUUUGACCACGCUGUUUAAGACUGUGCCCAUGACUUUGGGUGCGACAGAAAUAUGGCUGUUUCUUGAGUAAUAUCGCUUAACAGCUUCUUGCAAUUUGUGGUGCAAGGAUGUUCUGCUGUGGUUUUUCAUGUAGGAUGCAUCCAUAAUCUUGCAAUUUUCUAUUUGACCAAGGUUGCUGCUGAAGGCCCUGGAUUAUAUGGUGAUAUUUCCCCUUUCUAUUUCUUUGCAAAUUUGGAAUCUGAAUACAAGUAUAGUUGCCGAUUUGAUAGCAAUAAACAUCAUGAAAAGUCUGAUAAUACAAAAGUUUUAUACUGACUGUAUUCGAAUUGAAUUGAAAGUUUGUUAGAUCAUAAACUAAUACUUGCAAAAUAGUAUGUGCUGGCUGUUUUUUUCCACAGUGUAACCAUGGUGAGUCACGUAGCAAUGCUCGAACAUUUGAGAGAGAGAGGCUAAGUUGUGCCACCUUGUAUUCAACUGCGCUAUAACUUUUUAAAAAUCCAAUAACAAAAUGUGAAUUGGUGAUGAUCCAGACCAGUAUGAAAAUGAUGGAAUAUAGUGAAGCUUCUGUCAUUAUAUAAAACUUCUCAUGAUACUGGUUAGGUUUUCAGUAAAGUCAGAAUCAAAGGUAUUGUGCAAUUGAUAAUGAUAGAUCCAACAUCCAGUCUGAUCCAACUUCAAGUCCUUGUAACGCUGUUUAUUUUCCCUGAUCCUGUAGACCAUCAGCUUUUUUUGCCUUUGUUCAUUAUUCACAAGCCUUGAAGUUCAUAAAUGUAUUGAGAUUGACAGGUAUAGCAUGUGACAAACAUCACUAAAGAAUAACUGAAAAAUACACUCCAGUGUUUUUUUUAAAUAAGACCAGACUUGUGUAUAUUUUUAAAGGAGCCUGUAACUUUUUAGUGAACCCUGAUCCGGCAUAUUCUUGUUCUGAGGACAUGAUUUGUAACUGAGUGUGGCCGCUGGAGAUCAUGAUAUGCACUGCUUGCCGCAUGUUAUAAGAGGUUUAUCAUCCUCUGCACUAAUCAGAAAUAGUUUUCUCCUUCAUGUGCAAGGGGGACAUGAAAACAAUUUAAACCAUUUGUAACAAAAUAUUUGCCAUGUAGUAACAUGAACAUAGCACUGUCGUGUAUUGUAAUGUGUGAACGUGGAUUUGUAAAUAUUUACAAAAAUUGAUACUGUUACUCCAAACAGCCUUGGAGUUAAAUUGGUUAAUGUUAUGGGGGUUGAAGUACAGAUUUAUGUUGUAGCUAGCCGAUGUCUUGAGCACUAUGACCGUGCAUUUUGGAGAGUGAGCCUUUCUUAUUUUUAGCCAAGCCACUAACUCAAUCUCAGGAACUGACUGGCUUUUUUUUAAUGUAAACCACCCAAAGUGGUAAGAUUGCUUCCUAUUUUUUUCCCCAAUCCUUGGUAUACAAAUCAGACCCAAAGUGACUGGAUAAUUCCUAUUCACAAUGGACUGAACCUAUGGACUUAGAGAGGGGGCCAAUACUUAACCCUAGGUUUUUACUUGUACAUUGAAGAGUCAUCCCUGGAACAGAUCAUGAUUUCAAUUAGAAACUGUAUUUUGUAUAUGUUUUAUGACUGAAUCCCUUUUAAAGGCAUUGUCCAUGCAAAUAAUGGGAAAAUGUUAAAGCCAUUCCUUGUGUAAAUUUGUUAUUUAUGGCUUACAAUUAAACACUUUUAUCUAAACAUUAGACUUUCAAAUCAUCAACAUUGAAGUAUGGAUGGAAAGUAUUGGUUGUUUUUUUUUUCUAGGUUUUAUGACUGGCAUAACAAGUUUCCAUUACUGUAAAGCCUAUUUUAUCUUUUGGAAACUAUUAAAAAUGAAUGUAUUUAAAA